AUGCCCACGGGCUUCACUGGCGCGCCAGAGGCGGUGGGGGAGGUUUGGAAAGCUGACUGGUACAUCCCCCACUGCUACAAGAUCCCCGCAUUGGCGCAACUCAACCACCUAUUGGCGCAAAUCCCCAGCGCGCCCACGCGGAGCGAUGUCUGGCACGCGGGGGCCGGCCCCGCGGACCUCCGGCGUUUCCACAACGACCUGGGGGAGGUCGUAUCUGAGGCAGAGCUCGCCCAGAAGCAGCUGGGAAUCUUCCUCCAGGCCGUGCAGACGACUGCGGCGGGGCUUCAGAAGGAGAUCGGGAAGCGCCUCUCGGCGGAGAAUCCGUCCGUUUUCCGGAAAUGGAUUCAGAAGCUUCCUGGAUUCGACGACCCGUUGCUUGCGGGAGGGGUAGGCGGGGGCGUGGGGCACGACGGUUCGCACAGCAGGAGCAACAGUAACAGUAGCGGGGGCGCCGGGAGCGGCGGGAACGGCAAUGCGGCGUGCGGGAAGCUGACGGACGGCAGCAAUGCGUCGUCGCCAGCGAAUAAGGUCAGCAGCGACUCGCCACGCGACGACAGCGCACCGACUCUGCAGCCGUCGAAAGUCGCCCUUGCGAAUCGCAUGCGAUCGAAAUCCAUGAACGUAGUGUCGUCGGGGUCGCUCUUUCGAUCGCCGGACGACAGCAGCGUCGCCAAGCCUCUAGGCCCGGAAGUUUCACCCAUCUUCGCCUCGACAGGGAAGGGAACAUCAGCGUCCAGGAGGGUGGGGGGGCCAAGGCUCACCAAGAGCCGGUCAGAGAAGGCGCCUAGCAGCGCUAUGGGAGGGGCGAGGGGAGGGGCGCGCGGAGGAAAGAGCGGGCACGAGCGGCUGCAGGAGAUUCUCAGCAGCGUGGGCAGCGGGUGGGGCGGACUGCCUUUAACCUCGUCGUUGAGUGGUGGCAGUGUUAGCUCGAGUGGCAGCGGCUUGCGGGGGGGUAGUCUGGUGUCUCGGAGCGCUACUGUAAGUGGGGCGGGACCGGCGUUGGGAGGCAUGAUGGGGCCGGCUGGCAGGGCUUCUGUGAUUGGCAGUGCGGGUGGCAGCAUGAGUGGCAGCAUGAGUGUGAGCGUGAUUGGUAGUGCAGGAGUCAGUCCACGGGGCCCGGCCAACGAAAGAUUUGCCUUCUCCCACCUGCCCCAAGCCCAUAGACUCUCUCUUGCUUCCCAAUCCCAAGACUCCUCUUCCAGUGAUUAUGCCAUGUCUCCGUAUGGGGGAAGUGACAGAGGGGGGGUGCAGGCAGAGAGGGGAAGGGAGCAGGAAGGAGGAAGUGGGGUGCUGCAGGGCAGCAGGGUGCUGCUGUCGCCAGCCAAGGCAGCGCAGGAGGAGAAACUGCUGGAGAUGCUGCGAUCCACACCGCCUGUUCGGUGGGACAAGCCGGUGAAGGCGUUCCCCAAGGAUGACCCCACCAAGGCUCCCCACCUGACGGCGUUCCUGGGCUACAAGGCGGGCAUGACGCAUAUCGUCCGCGAGGUCGAGAAGCCCGGCUCCAGGCUGCACAAGAAGGAGGCUGCUGAGGCCGUCACCAUUGUCGAGACCCCCCCCAUGAUCGUCUGCGGUCUCGUCGCGUACGUGAAGACCGCGCACGGCCCGCGCACGCUCACGCACGUGUACGCCGGGCAUCUGAGCGACAACGUCCGUCGCCGGUGGUACAAGAACUGGCACAAGUCGAAGAAAAAGGCGUUCACCAAGUACGCUAAGAAGUUCAGCACUGACGAGGGCAAGAAGGAGAUCGAGGAGGAGCUGGAGCGCAUGAAGAAGCACGCGUCGAUCAUCCGCGUCAUGGCGCACACCGAGGUGCACAAGCUGAAGGGAAUCAAGCAGAAGAAGUCGCAUCUGAUGGAGAUCCAGAUCAACGGCGGCACGAUCGAGGAGAAGGUCGACUGGGGUUACAAGCUGUUCGAGAAGGCCGUGCCGAUCGAUGCCGUGUUCCGCAAGGAUGAGAUGAUUGAUGUCAUCGCCAUCACCAAGGGUCACGGUAACGAGGGUGUGGUGCACCGUUGGGGUGUUACCCGCCUGCCUCGCAAGACCCAUCGUGGUCUGCGCAAGGUCGCCUGUAUCGGAGCGUGGCAUCCGGCUCGUGUGCCGUACACCGUGGCGCGCGCCGGUCAGAACGGUUACCAUCACCGCACGGAGCUCAACAAGAAGAUCUACAAGAUCGGAAAGAAGGGCGACGAGAGCCACAAGGCCAGCACGGAGUACGAUCGCACCGACAAGGAGAUCACCCCCAUGGGAGGCUUCGCGCAGUACGGUGUGGUGGGCGAGGACUACAUCAUGAUCAAGGGGUGCUGCCCCGGCGUGCGCAAGCGCGUGCUGACGCUGCGCCGGUCGCUGCUGAAGCAGACGUCGCGCAAUGCGCUGGAGGAGGUGAAGCUCAAGUUCAUCGAUACGCGUAAAGCGGCUCUUGCGGGCAUGGGGCUUGUGUGGAGGGCCGCGAAGAUGCUUGAUGCGUCAUGGCACGAACUGGCGUUCAUUCACGCCAGCAGCAGCACCGUGGGGUACCGACCGCAUGUGCGCUCCACCACGCUCGCUCAUCUCAUUGCCACCAACUGCGGUCCCUUCAUGCUCCCCAUCCUCCCCAUUCGAGAUCGCAUUCGGGACAAGGUGGAGGAGGCAUUCGGCAUGCAGCUGGGGCUGCUGGUGGAGUUCACGGGGAUCAUCAGCUGGCUGCCUGGCGCCACCAUUGGCUGGCAUGCUGACGACAACCGGCCCUACCUCAAGCAACGCGCAUUCGCUGCAGUGUGUUAUCUGAACGAGUAUGGCAAGGACUUCGAUGGAGGUCUUUUCAGGUUUCGACAGGGCCAUCCUCACACUGUCGCUCCCAAGCCCGGGCGACUCGUGGCAUACUCGGCUUCAGGGGAGAAUGAGCAUUGCGUUGAUCCUGUGAUUCGAGGUCAACGCCUCACCCUCACUCUCUGGUUCACACUCGAUCCGUCACACAGUGAAGACCUCUCCCUCCUCACCCUCCUCUCUCGCAUCCCCCUCUCCCUCCACCAUCCCUUCCCUCGCAUUACCCUCAACCCCCCUCCCACGGGGGAUGUGGGACCUGGGAAGGGCCCUGAAGCUGGCAAGAAGGCCGAAGUGGAAGCUGUAUCUGAGGACAGGGGCGUUAGGCAAGUGGUAUGUGGGGCGAACCAGCAGCACUUGGCAUCUGAUGGGCUUGGACAAACAGGUUUGGGGGAGCUGAAUGGGGGGGCGUCAGAGGGGAAUGAGAAAGAGGGGAGCGGAGGGGAUGGAGUGAUGGAAAGGGAAGCUGGCAAUGAGGCAGUGCUGGUGCCCAUACCGCUUGUGGCGUCUAAUUCUCUGUAUCUCGUGCAGAAGGAAGGGCAGGGGAAACUGGGAGAGGGGGAGGAUGGUGAAGUGGAAGGAGGAGAGAAGCAGGGAGGGAGCGAGGGUGGCAGGGAGGGGCAGGGAGAGGGAGAGGUUGAUAUACGGAUACAGGAGCUAGCCAGUAUGGGAUGGAAGGCUGUUCCAUUUCUUCAAAGCAACUGCAAUGCCACGAUGCAGUCACCUCCUGGAAGUGAUGGCGCAGGGUUAGUAAAGACAGAGUCUGAGUGGGUGGCGUUAGUCCCUAGUCCCAGUCCGAGAAGAGACGAGACAAGCCCCUGCCUUCAAUGUCCGGUUUCAGAACUAGGAAAGGAUGGAAAAAAAGCAGGAGAGGUGGAGAAGGAUGUGGCAGGGGGGAAGGAGAGGCAGGGGCAUGAGGCCGGAACUCGUCAAGAAUGCAUUGGUGGUGAUUAUCGUGAGGAGUGUGAUAGCAGAGGGGGAGGAGGGCGAGGGGACUCCGUUGGGGAAAAAGCACGUGUCCUGGCGUCACCGGUUGUGUUCUACAAUAUUCUGCAUGCUUUACAGGCUUGCUAUUGGCAGGAAGUCGUCAUGGGGCUCUUCAGACAUGUGUACGCAGCGGACGCGCGCUCGCAGGCUCAGCCUCCAGGUUCAACGUCAGGGCAAGAGGGCGAGGAUAGGACCAGCCUUGAUCGUAUAGCUGCUCCGUUUGAGUCCCCUCAAGGACUCGUCAGAAGCUCAGGAGACGCAGCGUCAUUGGAGGAUGAUAUCGCUCUUGCAAAUCCGCUUGUUGGGUCGGCUGAAGCAAGUGACGAGCGGAGGGAGGUCGCAGAGAAUGGUGGUGACGCAGCAGGGCAACGGAAGAAACGAAAGAGACAGUCCGCCGCGGGUCUGGGAGCAGGAGCCAUUGCUCUCCCCAGUAGGCAUCUCUACCAUCUGCCUGCAACUUCCUGCAAUGCUGUGCUGGUGUUAUUUGAUGCGGGAAGCAUGUCAUUGGAAGCAGUUGGUCGUGCAACAGAGCAGGCAGAGGUGGAAGGUUCCACUGAAAUUGAAGGAACUCACUUAGAAAGGAUUCUUCCAAAGCUGCUCUUGGACUUCUGA